AAAAUGUUUACCCAUGCUUCAUCAGUGAUUGAAGGAGUUAAAGAAAACCCAUUUCCAGAGGCGCACUGUAGGAGCCUGUAUCUCCUUUGGGGCGCAAUAGAACACGUUUUAGGACGAUUUUAUGGGAUCAUAUUUAUCUGUUCUAGUGAUAAUCUACAUAUUUUACAGUGCUAUUCUCAGUAGGUAACUUGAGGUGGAAUCAUCCUAGUCAUAGAAAUCAAACAAGACGUUUAUUACCCAAAAUGCAUGUACAAACAACACUUCCUAAAAUUCCUUAUAACAAUGUUACCUCAAACGCCUUUACUAGAAAGUGUUAUGUCCCUCUACAAAUAUAGAUUACAUUAAAUGCUCUUAUACUUUCCUGAAAUGAUUCAUAC